AUGUCCCUUUCACCAGUCACGAUUGACCCCGUUUUUACCUCAGACAAGGCGAAUCUCGCCCCUGGGGCCACAUCGAUAUGCCGAGUAUCGCCUGAGCCGUCGUGCAAGCUUGGUCUUACGGAGAGCGUCACGGUAGAUGCGAUCGAGCUUUCCCCCGUGACUCCAGUAAACAAGCAGAACUAUGACUCGGAAAAUCCAUCAGUACUUUCAGCCAGGUACGAAACACAAAGAACGCGGGAGAAAAUUCAAUUUGUGACAUUGUGUUGGUUUAACUAUCUGGGGGGCUGGAAUGAUGGAUCGAAUGGCCCCCUGUUGCCAAGGAUUCAAAAAGUUUAUGGGGUUGGAUAUGCUGUUGUAUCUCUUAUUUUUAUUUGCGCUUGCGUGGGAUAUAUCACGGGCGCCGUGUCUAAUGUGAUUCUUACCGAGAAGCUAGGAUUCGGAAAAGUGGAUGGCUCCCUAUGUCAAGUCUUGGCAUACUGUAUCGAGUCUACGGGGCCCCCCUUUCCCGUGUUUGUAUUUGCGUAUUUCAUUAACGGAAUUGGAUUAGCUAAUGCAAAUGCAGUCGGCUAUGUUGCAUGCCUCAAAGAAAAUGCAGAAGCGAAGAUAGGCGUUUUCGCGGCAGUAUAUGGGGCCGGUGCACUCUCAUCUCCUUUGGUUGCCACCCAAUUUUCACACUUACCUCAUUGGAAUUUACAUUUCUUGACAUCUCUUGGAAUUGCGAUCAUCAAUACAAUCGCCUUGAUCAUAGUCUUCCGGCUGAAGCCCCAGGCAGAGUGUCUUUCCGAGAUAGGCAUCGUGGACUCGGAUAACAGUACAAGCGAGCACAGUCAUCUCAGGCAGAUAUUCGCGAACAAAGAUGUCCAUCUUCUGGCAGCAUUCACUCUACUCUAUGUCGGAGUCGAGGUUACUCUUGGCGGCUGGAUUGUUACCUACAUCAUUGAUGUCAGAGGCGGAGGGCCGUCAUCUGGUUAUGUUUCCAGUGGUUUCUUCGGCGGUAUGCAACAGCGCGCGUUGGUAGACUUUGACUUAUCCUCCUAUUCUCUAGGUCUCAUGGUCGGUCGAGUGGCCUUGCUAUGGUUGAAUAAAAAGAUCGGAGAACGCUUGGUCUUGUUCAUCUAUACCGUUCUAAUUAUCAUUUUCGAGUUCAUCGUAUGGUUCGUCCCGUCUUUGAUAGGAGAUGCAAUCGUUGUCUGUGUAAUUGGCAUGUUGCUGGGGCCAAUGUAUCCAAUUAUAGUGACCCAUGCACGACGCAUCCUUCCUCGCCGAAUCCUCACUGGUUCCAUUGGUUGGAUUUCAGGAGUGGGGCAGGCAGGUUCUGCAAUGGUUCCGUUUAUGGUGGGUGCCAUCGCGCAAACUGCUGGAAUGAAAGUCCUGCAGCCUGUAUUGAUCGGCAUACUGGGUAUUAUGACUGGGUUAUGGGCCCUGGUGUGCUAUGGUUCCAGUUCAUGUCGUCCCGAUUGA